CAUGGUCUUGCUUUCCCAUAGUCUCCGCCUCUCUAUAGCUCUGGAGGCUAAGUUUGACGAGGCUGCGCUCGGCUUUUCCAUGGCCCCUGAGUCCUCCUGGGCCUGAGAGAGAGAGAGAAAAAGAGAGAAGUGAAGGGCCCUGAGUGGGAGCAGGAUGGAAACAGCACUGGCUCUGGAGUUUGAAUCGCUGAUUUGAUGCUGACUACUUGUGUGACCUUGGGCAAGUUAUGCCUUCCUGAGCCUCAGUUUCCACAUCUCUAAAAUGAAGUGUUGGACAAGUGAAGUAUUAAAGCAUCCCCACCGUCUGCCAGAUGGAGGUCAGCCACUCAGUAAAGGAGCGUACUAUUGCCGAGAAUAGCCUGGUCAUCCUGCUGCAGGGCCUCCGGGGCCUGGUGACUACAGUGGACCUACGGGAUGAGACUGUGGCCCGUGGCCGGGUGGACAACGUGGAUGCCUUCAUGAACAUCCGCCUGGCUGAGGUCACCUACACAGACCGGCAGGGCCAGCAGGUGCAGCUUGAUGAUCUCUUUGUGACUGGUCGCAACGUCCGCUAUGUCCACAUUCCUGACGACGUAGAUAUCACUGCCACCAUCGAACAGCAACUUCAGGCCAUCCAUCGAGUGCGCAACUUUGGUAGUGAGGGUAAGGGCCGGAGGGAAUUUCCUGCCAGGAAGUACAAAUGAAAGACGUGCCCUCCUUGCUCCGAUUCCUUCAGACUCUGGCUUCAUAGCUUUAAAUGGGGGCUGCUGAACUGCUUUCUCACAGCCAGUUCUCCCUGUUAGGAGGCAGACCACAAGGAGAAGGACAAGCUCAUUCCGAAGCCACAUUUGCCUUUUACAAGCCUAGGGUUCAAUCUAGGUACCCCAAAAUCUGAUAUAUCAGUCUUGGAUUAAAGUCUCUCCCCUAUGCUUCCUGGCAUUAGGACUUGGCUAACUGACCAAUUGUACAUGUGGAGCUCCCAGAUUCUGUAUUAAAGGAUUAAUUUUAGCCAUUUUUAAUACUUUUCAAAAAUGAAUGAAUGAUCUUUGCUGCUAAAUGAGCUGGCCCAAGCAUCCUUUGUGAGCCUUCUCCAUUCAAUUGUUUGCUUUUCAAAUCAAACUUAGAUGCAAAUACAAGAGUUCUAGGCUUUCCCUGACCUCCGUGGCUCCAUUAGUCUGUCAGUAUUGUGCCGAAUUAAAGCGCUCAAAUCUAGUAGGGAAAGGA